AUGGCGAAUGGAAUGAUAAAAACUCCCAAUCAUCCGGCCGCCCAGCACCACCCCUCUCAGGCUUCACCGAUCUAUCCCGGCGCGCGGGGGAAAAAACCAGUCAUCUGCGCCGUCAUCAGCCUUGCUUACGUCGGCGGCUGCGAGAUCAUCAACAGCAAGCGCAGGGCGAAGUUCGCGUUACCAGAAGUUAAGCGCGGUGUCAUCGCGUUGGCGGGUGGGCUGACGAGGUUGAUGCGGACCGUGGGAAAGCAGCGGGCGAUAGAGAUGGCGUUGACGGGGAGGGUGGUCCCGGUUGAAGAGACAGAGCGGUGGGGGCUUUGUUAA